AUGUUUUCUUUUCAGCUUGUUCUUGUGCUUGGUGACCUCCACAUUCCACAUCGGCAGCAUAGUUUGCCUGCAAAGUUUAAAAAGUUAUUGGUAGGUUGGCCAAGUUUAGCCUCAAAUUCUAUUAUGAACUGACUGCAGCUUAGCUUUUCAGUUUUUCCCAAAUAACAGCUGGAAAUGCAUCUGUUUACACAGGCUAAACAGAUCUGUUUAUCCUUAAUUAUCAACCCUAUAUGAUGCUGUUCAAAUGAAACCUCUUUGCCCUAAAUAUUGCAUAGUCCUUUUUAUGUCAUUGGAUAUUUAAUUAACAAAUUUUUAUGUGAACUUUGACUUUGACAUACUAAAAUGAUGAGUAAAAUGUUUAACAAUAUUUUACACUGUUACUUAAUUUAGGUAAUGUAUUUAUGCUAAUUCUAUAUUUUACUCGCACUUGAACAUGACCUUGCAGAGGUUGAAACAUCUUGACUUUUUCACGUUAACUUUUAUCACAAAAUGUAUACUUUUAGGUUCCAGGUAAAAUACAACACAUUCUCUGUACUGGUAAUCUAUGCACUAAGGAUUCUUAUGAUUACCUGAAGACACUGGCCAGUGAUGUUCAUGUUGUUAGAGGAGAUUUUGACGAGGCAAGUCUUUGA